CGACGGAGCUCCUCAGUAUGUGGCGUUUAGUAAUUCCAGCACCCUUAACGAGAGGGAGUCAAGGAUUUUUUACACGAAGUCUCAGCAAGGCGAAUGCGCCAACUGCCGAGCUUCCUUCUUCGGCGGAUGUUGUGGUAAUUGGUGGCGGGUCGGCAGGAUGUCAUACGCUGUAUCAUCUUGCAAAGAGAGGCGUAAGGGCUGUCCUCUUGGAGCGUGCCAAACUAACAGCUGGCACCACCUGGCAUACGGCGGGUCUAGUCUGGCGGCUACGACCCAACGAUGUCGAUAUUCAGUUGCUGAACAACUCACGCAAUAUGUUGCGUCAGUUGGAAGCGGAAACGGGUCUUGAUCCGGGUUGGAUACAAAAUGGUGGAAUUUUCAUUGCGCACAACGAAACGAGGCUUGACGAGUACAGACGGUUGGCCACCGUGGGGUCUGCACUUGGCAUUGAAAAUCAAAUACUGAGCCCCGAAGAGACGCAAAAGCUGUUUCCACUUCUCGACCCCCAAGCCUUCAUUGGUGCUCUUUACUCACCCGGCGAUGGUGUUGUUGAUCCUGCAAUGCUCUGCACAGCACUGACACGUGCGGCCACAAAGCGAGGGGCAAAGGUGAUCGAAAACUGUGCUGUCAAUGAGAUCUUGAUUGAAGAAGGACGAUGCGGCAAAAAAGUUAUUGGUGUUGCCACGCCGUUUGGCAACAUAAAAACCGAUAAGGUUGUGAACGCCACCGGAGUGUGGGGUCGUGAUUUGGUGGCGAAACACGGCUCGCAUCUGCCUCUAAUACCGAUGAAGCAUGCCUAUAUUGUUUCAGAGUCGAUACCGGGUGUGCGUGGUCUGCCAAAUAUUCGAGAUCAUGAUUACUCCACAUAUUUUCGGAUACAAGGUGAUGCCAUAUGCAUGGGUGGCUACGAGCCUAAUCCGAUUUUAUUAGAUCCGGUGGCGUCUGACUUUCAUUUUGGGUUAUACGAGCUGGACUGGACAGUGUUCGAGUCCCAUUUGAAUGGCGCUCAGAAAUUGUGUCCAACCUAUGCCAAAUAUGGCAUUAAGAGCACAGUCUGUGGUCCCGAAUCCUUUACACCUGAUCAUAAGCCGCUAAUGGGUCCCGAUACAUUGCUUGAUGGGCUCUAUCAUAAUUGCGGCUUCAAUUCAGCGGGCAUGAUGUUCGGUGGUGGCUGUGGUGAGCAAACUGCUCUCUGGGUCAUUAAUGGACAGCCUGAUCUGCCUAUGUUUGGAUUCGAUCAUCGUCGAUUCACACCGGAACAAGGACAAGCCACCCAAUGGAUACGGGAAAAGUCGCACGAAAGCUAUGUGAAGAACUACAGCAUGGUGUUCAAAUACGAUCAACCAUUAGCAGGUCGCGACUUCCAGAAGGACCCACUGCAUGAGGAAAUGUUACAAAGCAAUGCCUUCAUGGAGGAGAAACAGGGAUGGGAACGACCGGGUUUCUUUUUAAAAAACAACAAGAAAGCAGACGCAUUACCUUAUGAUUGGUACGGCAGCUACGGCCAUGCGCGGCAUCAAAACAGCAACUACGAGCAGGUCUUGGAGGGCGAUCUGAAGUACAACAGAUUUUCGGAGCAUCAUGAUCUUAUCGGCGAAGAAGCGCACGCUUGCCGCAAUAAUGCCGUCGUCUUCAACAUGAGCUAUUUUUCGAAAUUGCUACUUGAGGGACCGCAAGCACAGCAGGCGGCUGACUGGCUCUUUUCGGCAAACACAAAUCGAGAUGCCACUAAAACAGUCUACACAUGUGCCCUCAAUGAUGCCGGCGGAGUAGAGGCAGACGUAACAGUUUCGCGAUUAGUUUCGGGCUCUGGAGCAAUCUACGAUCCAAAAUUUAAUGGACAGGGCUACUACAUUGUGGCGGGUGGCGCCUCUGCCUUCUACACCUACAGCGUGCUGAUGAAAGAGAUGCGUCGUAAGGGGUUCGACGCCAACCUGCAUGAUAUUACGGCCGAAAUGGGUGUAAUUUCAAUACAAGGGCCGAAGAGUCGCGAGAUUCUGCAGAAAAUUGUCGACUGCGACCUUACCGAUGAGAAUUUGCCGCCAAACAGCACCUUGUUGGCGAAAUGCAAUGGCAUUGGCCUGCGGUUGCUUCGUGUCAGUUUUGUGGGCGAGCUGGGCUACGAGCUCCAUGUGCCCAAGAGUGACUGCGUUGCCGUCUAUAAGGCUGUAAUGUCGGCCGGAGCAGAUCAGAGUCUACGGAAUGCAGGGUAUCGCGCACUGUACUCCCUCAGCAGCGAGAAGGGCUACCAUCUGUGGAGCUUUGAUCUUCGCCCCGAUGACACACCCUUGGAGGCUGGCUUAGCGUUUACCUGUCGAAAGACCGGCGAGUUCAAAGGCAAGAAAGCAAUAGACGCACAGCGCGCGGCAGGUAUUAAAAGACGUAUGGUAUAUUUGACGCUGGACGAGCAGACCGCCAUAUGGGGUCUAGAAGGGGUUUACAGGGAUGGAGAGCCCGUCGGAGUUCUGAGGCGGGCUGAGUAUGCCUACACACUCGGCAAGCCCUUGGGUCAGGCUUACAUAACGCGCCCGGAUGGUCAAAACAUUGACAAUGACUAUCUGAGAGCUGGCAACUAUGAGCUGGAUAUUUUGGGCAAGCGCUACAAGGCCACUUGCCAUCUACGCAGUCCAUUCGAUCCGAAAGGCGAACGUGUGCUCGGCAACUACAACAGCUAGGCUCAUAUAUACUUGUACAUACAUUGCGUGUAAAUACAUAUAAUACCUUGUAAAUUUAA